AACGAAGAACGAAUCCUCCAGAACCCAAGCAAUUUGGCAUUAAUAUUCCACGUGAAAAAUCAAAAAGUACCUCCUUAAGUAAAAUAUAAUUUCUGAUAUUACGUAUCUAAGACAGCAAUUAGUAUUAUUUUAACAGUACAUAUUAUUAAUCGUUUAAAUUUGUAUAUUCGGUAUUUUUGUUUCAAAAUGAUGUAUUAUUUUAUUAAUCGCAGAAAUCCUUGCCGCAUUCUCAACUAGGUUCUAGUAAAUAAAUCGAUACUAUAUUGGGAUAAGAAUUUUUAGAGAUAUUCCACGGCAUUGCACGCAGCUACCCUUUUAGGAGAAGGCGCUUCAGGGAUCAUCGGAGAGGCAGGCGAAUGGCCAAUGGAUACAUUGCCCCACGAGCUUACCUUUUAUCUCGUUUCAUUUCCUGGAAAUGCCCUGAGGCACCUUUUUCUUUUACAUACUUUUACAUCUUAACAUUAAUUACUUGUCGUAUGUCUCCUUUUAUUUCCGUCUAUUCUUCUCCCGAGCUGACAGCAAGAAAAAUACUCUAUUAAUUAUCUUUCACGAUUACGUAACGUUGCAAGUAAUACAGUGCAUCUCUACAGAUGGCGUAAUAGUCGUAUUAAUGACACAUCGCUAGCGAUCGUUACCAUCCACGUGUCUUAACUAUUCGCAUCUUUGUGUUUUUCUUUUGUUUAUCUCAAUUUAUUAAGUAUCGUGUUUCUUAAAGAAAAUGAUCAGAGAAUCCGUGUAAUUCCAACAUGAAUCUUUCGUCAUAAAUAAUACGGUGUUAUUUUCAAAAUAAGAAACUAUCACAGUGAUAACGUGGUAUCAGAGAGGAAAUAGAGUACCAAAGUACAACCAGCUAGUUACUUUCUUCGUUGUACCCUCUAGCGGGAAAUUGGCAACGCUUUCAAACAGGAACAAUGGAAAUCUGCAUCGAUUCUAUAGAAUCAGCGAAAAACGCGAUCGGAGGUGGCGCAACGAGACUCGAAGUUUGUUCUGCCCUUUCCGAGGGUGGUUUAACGCCCACUCCUGGCUUUUUGCGAUUACUUAAAGUCAUUUCACCGUUACCACUCUACGCUAUGCUUCGAACACGUUCUGGAAAUUUUAUAUACACGAAGGAAGAAAUGGACGUUAUGCUACUGGAUUUAAAACUAUUGAAAGAACACGGUGCCAGUGGAUUCGUUUUUGGUGCAUUGACACCGGACAACGAAAUUGAUGUAAAAUCUUGUCAAGACGUUCUUUCUGCUGCUCGACCAUUACCAGUGACCUUUCAUCGAGCCUUCGACGAAGUCAACGAUCCCUUAAAAUCCUUGCAAAUUUUAAUAAACCUCGGUUUUAAAAGGGUUCUGACUUCUGGCCAGAAGGAUACUGCCGAGGAGGGGUUGGAAUUAAUACAGAAGCUCGUUCAAGAAGCUCAAAAUAGAAUUAUUGUGAUGCCAGGUUCUGGUAUCACUAAAGAUAAUAUCUUAAAAAUAAAAAUGGCAUCUGGAGCGGAAGAAUUUCAUGCAUCUGCUAGAAAGAUGAUAACUUCGCAUGGUACAAAUAGAGUUAAAAUUGGCGCUAAUAAAGAAACUUGUAUCAUGGUGACUGACAAACAAAUGGUAGAAGAAAUGGUUCGAACUAUUCCAGUUGUUUUUUGAAUACGAUUUUCAUGAUUUUCAUGAUUUUAUUAACACUUUCAAUAAUUCUAUGUGUCAAAAACACUAACGAAUAAUGGAAUAUUUAUCAAAAAAUUUUUACAACUCUAUAUUAGAAAAAAAGAUGUUUCAAAUUGUCUGUACAUCAAUUUCAAUCUCAAUAAAAAUUGAUAAAAUGUCGAAUCACGUUUGAACGUAAAUUGCAAUAUCUACUGUUCAGUAAAGUGCGAAAUCGAGAAAAAAUACGACGAUUAAAGGUACGAAAAAGCGCGUAAGAGCAAAAUUAAAUUAAUAAUGUAAGUUAUAUAAAUAAAUACUUGUAUGAAAGAAUAAGUGAAAUGCUAGUAUUGUGAUUUUAUAAAAAUAUAAUCUCCUAUUUCGAUUAGACACUGUAAUAUUAAUACAAAUAUCCUUAAAGUGCAAACGUAUUCUUCUGCACAAUAAGUUCAGCAGAUGUCAUUAUCAUCCGCGUUUAAAUCGUAAUGGUUUCACAGUACAUAGAAUAAGUGGAAUCUAUGUUACGCGUUGGAAAUUAUGUAUGAGAAAGGAUUGCCUAUUCUGUCGCGAAGAAUAGAGAACAAUCAUUCGAUGAUUCAGAACCUUUGAAAUUAUCUCGACGUCCUUCUUUAUGUAUGCAGAAAGUUAACUCGCGGAGAGUCUUCUCUCGGAGUCUACAUUUCAUCAUAACUUCUCUUUAAAAAUUAAUUUUUAAUUAAUCAUUACCCUAACAUCAAUAAUAUAUGCUCUACCAUAAACUGUACGUAUGUACAUCCAUAUUAAUUGUUAGUAUACCAUUAAACAUGAAAUUUGAAUCCUCCAAAUCCCAUAAACACUAACAAGGUCCUCUUGCACAAUUGAAUUAGUAUCAUUAGUAAGAUAUUACAAGUUACAGGUCACACGUUACCGACACUAUUAAAUUCCCUUGCAUAAUCACAAUAAGCUUGGUAAUAAAACAAACGAAAUUGUACGUCCACAAUUACAAGUCACCUGAUUGUUUUAUAUCA